UUUCUCGACUUCUUCUUCUUCUCAUCUCAACCCUUUUCUCCUCUUCUUCGCUAACGGCAGGAGAGAGAGAGAGAGAGACGCACAACGCCGAUACCUCUCCGUUGAUUCUCUCCGAAUCUCGGAUUCAGCGAUUCAUCGUCGCUGAAAAAGCUUCUAUCUUCUCUUCUUUCUCGUCGAUUUUUGUGGAGAUUCGAUUCGAUCUCGGCUGUUUAGAUCGAGGUAUGCAGCAGGGCGAUCAGACGGUGCUGAGCUUGAGACCUGGUGGCGGUCGAGGAAGCAGACUCUUUGGUUCCUCUUCUUCUUCUUCGUCUCUCUCUUUUGGCUCUCUUUCCUCUUCGGAUCUACCUCUCCUUCGCCCUCAUGGCGGUGCUCCUGCUUCCUCUUUUUCCUUCAAGGGUGGGGACUCUCGGUUCGAUGGCCGUGAACGUGUGAAGUACACCCGUGAGCAGCUCCUGGAACUUAAAGAGACCGUUCAACUCUCUGAUGAAAUUCUGAAAGUCAAACGGGAUACUGAGACAGAACUGUUUGGUGAGGCGGAGACUUGGGCACGUGGGGAAAGUGUCGCAAGCAACCUGGUUCCGGUGCAAUCUCCAGGCCGUUUUUCUGAGCCAGACACUCGCGAUUGGCGCAGCCGUUCUGCUGCUCAAGUACCCUCUGGGGAGGAAAGGUCAUGGGAAAACCUCCGUGAAGCUAGAGAUUCCAGGUAUGUUGAAGCGGGCCUAUAUAAUCGUCAAGACCAACUUAAUUCCCAGUUUUCGAGGGCGCAAAUAUCCUCCAACCAAGGGGGUGGACCAGCUCCUGUCCUCGUCAAAGCUGAAGUUCCUUGGUCAGCUAGAAGAGGAAACCUUUCCGAAAAUGAUCGUGUUCUGAAGACUGUGAAAGGGAUACUGAACAAGCUAACCCCUGAAAAGUAUGAUCUUCUCAAGGGCCAACUUAUUGACUCUGGCAUCACAUCUGCUGAUAUUCUUAAGGGUGUGAUAACCCUGAUUUUUGACAAAGCUGUCCUUGAGCCGACGUUCUGCCCUAUGUACGCGGAACUGUGCUCUGAUAUCAACGACAAGCUGCCUACCUUCCCACCUGAAGAGCCUGGGGCUAAAGAGAUUACAUUUAAGAGGGUUCUGCUGAAUAUCUGUCAAGAGGCGUUUGAGGGCGCUGCCAAUUUGAGGGAGGAGCUUAGACAGAUGAGUGCUCCAGAUCAGGAGGCUGAGCGGAAGGACAAAGAAAAAUUGUUGAAGCUCAAGACUCUAGGAAAUAUUCGUUUGAUCGGUGAGCUUCUAAAGCAGAAGAUGGUUCCAGGAAAGAUUGUUCAUCACAUUGUUCAGGAGCUUCUGGGAGCCGAUGAGAAAGCGUGUCCAGCAGAGGAAAAUGUUGAAGCUAUUUGUCAUUUCUUUAAAACUAUUGGCAAACAACUUGACGGAAAUAUGAAGUCAAAACGGAUCAAUGAUGCAUAUUUCAGACGCCUGCAGGAUCUGUCAAAGAAUCCUCAGUUGGAGCUGCGUCUGCGAUUCAUGGUUCAGAAUAUCAUAGACCUGCGCUCCAAUGGCUGGGUACCCAGGCGGGAAGAGAUGAAAGCAAAAACUAUAACCGAAAUCCAUUCUGACGCAGAGAAGAAUCUUGGUCUCCGUCCAGGUGCCACUGCAAAUAUGAGAAAGGGCAUGGCUUCUUCUAGUAGUGGGCCUGUGAGUCCUGGCCCUGUCUACCCUGGUGGGCGACCUGGUGCAGGUGGCUUGAUGCCCGGGAUGCCUGGGGCGCGAAGGAUGCCCGGGAUGCCUGGGGCGGACAAUGAUAACUGGGAGGUACCCAGGUCAAGAUCAAUGUCUAGACGCGAUGGGCCAGGACCUUCUCCAGCAAUGAGCAAGUCGACCUCAAUGAACACGAGGCUCUUACCUCAAGGCAGCAGCGGGUUUAUGAGUGGUAAGACAAGCGCCCUGUUGCAGGGCAGCGGUUCAGUGUCGCGCCCACCUUCCAUAUCAGAAUUUGGGCGACCUCAAGCGGCAGCUGCACCUCUGAACGUACCAGUUCCGGUGGAGAAACCGCAGCCUAGUGCUCCCAAGUUGAGCCAAGAAGUGUUCAAGAGAAAAACAAAGUCGCUUCUCGAGGAAUAUUUUAGUGUCCGACUUCUGGAUGAAGCUCUGCAGUGUGUGGAGGAGCUUAAGUCGCCUUCAUAUCAUGCAGAGUUUGUGAAGGAAGCAAUUUCACUGUCCCUUGAGAAAAGCCCGCCUGUUGUUGAGCCAAUUGCUAGACUCUUGGGGUAUUUGUUAUCAAAGAAUGUGGUGACACCCAAGGAUAUUGAAACUGGGUUCUUGCUGUAUGGUGCUAUGCUGGAUGACAUUGGAAUCGAUCUUCCUAAGGCGCCAAACAAUUUUGGUGAGAUUGUAGGGAAGCUGAUUCUCGCUGGUGGUGUGGAUUUCAAAUUGGUUAGAGAAGUCCUUGGGAAAAUGGAGGACGAUAGGUUCCAGAAGGCGGUGAUGGAUGCAGCUGUACACAUCUUGGAGUCAAGCGAGCAGGGGAAGUUCCUUUUGGCCUCACAGGCUGCAGACAUCGAGGCUUGUCGAAAUCUGUAAAGGAACCAAUGCUUUACGAUUUUGCUCUCUAGGUCAAGGCUUGGGCGAUGAAUGUUUGUGUUGUAAGCUUAAAGGAGGAGGAGUAAAGGAGAGUCUCAGAACUCAAAGAUAGUUUCCAACAAGAAAACUUUGGGGUUUGCUCUUCUUUAAGCUCUUUCAUUAUGACAUUAUUCUCUCACCGCUUCUUUGUUUUGUUGUGGGAAAGUGUUCAUUUCCUCCUUUUUCUUUUGUAUUCUUCUUUGACAUCUCUUUUUGUUUCCUUUUUGACCUUUGCAUUUUUUGUUUUACGGUCUCAGAUAUUAUUCAGUUGAUUGUUGUUCAGACUUGAGACCCCUAUAAACUCAGAUAAUUUUACAUUGGAAAUGUUUGAUCA